GAGAGAGAGAGAGAGAGAGAGAGUGACUGAGACAAACAGAGACGGCUACAGAGAGAGAUAUUUAAACCGGACAACUUUAAGAUGACUUGGAGCGGUGCAGUGAUCUCCCACUCUCCUACUCUUUCUCUUCAGUCUGUGGCUGACUUAAACCAUUCAUCAGAGGCUGCUUUGUAAAGGAAUUGGGAGUUUUUUCACAGCAUCAACUCUGAAAUCAACCUGGCAUCAUUCUCCAUACCUGCUCAAUCUCUAUUGAAAGUACGAGGCCUGAGGUCGACAGGAAAAGACAUGAGGGUGCAAACAUUCUCAAGAGCGCAGAUUCUACAGGAGUUUCGUUUUCGAUGCCAGACACUCGCUGCCAAUGACAACAGGGGCUUUAAACAGGAGUUUGAGGAGUUGAAUGAAGUUGGCAGAGACCUCCCCACCAGAGCAGGGGAAUCAGAGGCCAACAGAGAAAAGAAUAGAUACCCCUACAUUUUACCAUAUGACCACUGUCGUGUGAGGCUGUCCGCUCAAAACUCCCACCCACACACUGACUACAUCAACGCAAAUUUUGUUCCUGGUGGGGGAUCAGAGCGAGACUUCAUCUGCACCCAGGGUCCUUUGUACAACACCAUGGCUGACUUCUGGAGGAUGGUGUGGGAGCAAAAUGUCAGGAUAAUCGUCAUGGUGACAGCUCUGAAACACAAGGACACAGUGCUGUGUGAUAAAUACUGGCCUCUGGAACGAGGGACAGUUUAUCACGGACUGAUCCAAGUUACAACAGUGACCCGCAAACAAGGUCCAGAUUAUUUUAUCACCACCAUUAACCUUAGACAGAGAGACAGUCCAACAGACAGGAUAAUCACACACUACUACUACCCUUCCUGGCCGGACCGGGGCAUCCCUAAAGACUCAUCCUCUCUGUGUGCCUUCACUGACCAUGUGCGGCAGCAUUUGGAAGCCAUUCCUCGCCUGGGGCCGGCCGUGGUGCACUGCAGUGCAGGCGUUGGGCGGUCAGGGACAUUUGUUGCAUUGUUGUGGCUGAUGCAGCUGUGUGCUAGGGGCAUCCAGCCCGAUAUCCGGGCUGCUGUGGAAGAUCUACGGCUACAUCGAAUGUGGAUGGUCCAGAAUCUGGAGCAGUACAUAUUUGUACAUCAGUGUCUGCUACAAUGGCUCAGUGGAGGAACAGGAGGAACCUCAGCAGGCAGCCCACAGACUCAGGGAGCCAGUUCGAAUAUUAACCACCACAUUCAGGAUCGACCUCACAGCUCCUCUGGACGUGGGGACCGAACAGGGAGGAGAAGACAUCACCAUCACAGACAGAAACCUCCACCGGACCCACCACAGAAUACAAUCCAGCAGAUUUUACACCCUGGGAACCUACUGAGGAGGUUACUGCCCUCCUCAUCCCUGUUUAAUCCAGGGUCACACACUUCCUGAACUCCCAUAUUGUAAAACUGAAAAUAGAAAGACACAAGCAAGAAACUGGAUAAAAAACAAACAUUCAGAAUUCGAUCGCAAAGUACCUGCCACGCAAGGACAGAGACUGCAAAAGAAAUGCUGUGUGUGCUUUAUGACAAAAGGCCCUGCAGGCAGAAAACUGGCCUAACAACAUGCAGAUAAAAGCUGGUAGAGAAACCACAGACACAGCUGUUCUUACUGUUACCUGGGAAAAAAAUUAAGGAAAUCACCUGCCCAAUCAGGUCAAACCGGUUCCUCUGCUGCAAAUUACUUACCACGAGAUUCAUGAGAACAAUAUGAGGCUGCUACGAAAGAACAGUAAUGGUGCACACAAGCACGAGGGUCAAACGCUUCUAUUUCAAACCUAAAAUGUAAACUGUGUACAGCUACCAAAAUGUUUGAGCAGUUCAUUGUUUUUUGUAAGUUUGUUUGCCUCCAUUACUGAUAAAGUGACGGUGUGAGAUGA